AUGACGCUACAACAACAUGGCAACGGUGUAAGUAUUCAACGUUUAAAACAAUCUAUUGACAAUCCCGCUUUACAUAGUGUGCUGUACAUAUCAUCAGGUAGAUUUUCGACAAUUAUACUUAAAAAUAAAGCACUUCUAUCAACACUCGAAGCUGUACACACGUUGAUCGCCAAUGAUGCCUUUACUGAAGUAUUCGAAGCAGAUCCUUGUGUAGUUGACCUCAAAAGAAAAGGGUCUAUGUAUUAUAUGUUAUUAUGCAACUUAUUGAUGUCGGGUCAUGUUCGAGUCCCACAAAUCGUUGCUACUGGCACUAAGGUUUUUCAAUCACGAUUAAAGAUGAUUAUGGAUGCCUCACUCAAUGCUUCUCGACAGGAUACUUUGUCAUCUACAGCUAAAUUCGACUCCUUGGAAAUGGCAUUAUUUCGGAUAGGUCAAACAGACAGAUUACAAUUCGAACGUUGGAUUUCACGCCAUCAUGAAAAGAUUGAAGCUUUAAGAAAAGUUCGACCUGUAUUUGUGAAAUAG